AAUCGCUAAGGAAACUGCAAGUGGUAACAUGUACCGAGAAGACUGCACUCGCUGGUGGCAGGCCUGUGAGACGACCUAGAGCGACCAAAUACAUCAAACGAGAGGAAAUAUUAAAUAGAGCUUGGGAAUUAUAUGGGGAGGGGGCUCUCGAUAUCGCAGCGUUCCUAGGUUGUGCGAAUCAUUUCCUUCGUGCCUUCGAUAACAAAGUACUGUUCGAUAAUGCAGAGGCGGUCGACUACUUUACAACAAUACAGGAGCAUAUUGUCGGGAUCCCACCCACUGGAGCUGAAAUCCAGGCAGUCAGAGUAGAUCAGCCAAUUGGAGGAAUCCCUAUCGCUACUGUUCCACCUGCAAAUGACAACUUCGAAAUCUUGUUGUUGCGAAGAUUAGAUCAAUGCAUAUGUAAUUUAUGCAAUAAUUCCAUCACUGAGUAUGUUGCGUCGGCAUGUAGACAUUGGUUUGGAUGCAAACAAUGUACGAAACUCUAUGUUCAAGCCUCUUUGGAAAUGAAUGCCUUCUUGAAGUGUCGAUGGUGCCUCCAGGAGUGUCACGGAUUCGAACGUGUUUAUAUCACAUAGGAAUGCCUUGGGAAAAAGGACUGCUUAGGAGGCAUCUUCUGGCUCCAACAACAUCUUACCAUCACAAAUACUCCACUGUUCUCUCAUGUUAUCAGGAUAAACGGGAGGUU